AUGGCGAAUUCGAUGAACUUCUCCAUGGGCUAUUCUCGCGAUGACCAGCCUCGCGAUGAAGAUGAAAAUGCACAGAUUCCUCACGAUCCCUCCUUGAUGAAUUUCUCCAACAGUUUUGCCUAUAACGCCGCCAUGCUAUCCCAGGAGGAUGACCUGGCCUUGCCGUCCUUCGACCGGACCAGACCCCAGGGCGACUUGGAAGGGCGUCUUUCCAACGUGAUGUUAACCUAUGAUACCGACCCCAGUGGCGGGGUCUCCUUGCCUAUGAACCUGGACGGAGUGAACGCCUUCGCCUACGAUGCGCCCACAACCUACCCCGCGACUUCCAUGGGACUCACUCCUGCGCUAGAUCACUCUCAGCUUCACAACUAUACCCCCUUCGUGCAGUCGCUGCCACACGCUGGCCAGUACCUCGAACAACCGAGUGUUCCCCAACCCCACAAGGAUACCUAUAAGACUGGACCCAACUCGACAGGGAGCUUUGAGGAUUCCGAUUUCGAGCGAGCGACUGAUCAGCCUCAGGUGUCUGCCCAGCACUCAACCCAGGAGCAGCACUUCCCACAAUAUGCACAGCAAGCCUCUUAUCGGGCGCCGCAGCCGGUGGCCAUCCAACCCAAAAAGCCCGCCGUCAUCAAAGAAACACAGUCCCCGGGGCUGUCAACACCUGAUGCUGGCUCGACGGAGCACACUGGCAUCUACUCAAACAGUGGCUUCGAUGUCCUAGGAGUGCUCAGUCGAGUGGCCAUGCGAUCCAACCCCAAAAUCAACAUUGGGGCGGUUGAUCUCUCCUGUGCCUUUGUGAUGUGUGACAUCUUGCGGGAAGAUCAACCGAUUGUGUACAUCUCCGAUGCCUUUGAGCGUCUGACUGGAUACACUAAAGAUGAGAUCAUCGGCAAGAACUGCCGAUUCCUGCAGGAUCCUCAUGGCCAAAUCACGCCUGGAACCAAGCGGUCUUUCGUCGAUGGACAGACAGUGUAUCGCCUGCGAUCGACCAUCGAUGACCGCAGUGAAAUCCAGGCCAGUAUCAUCAACUAUCGCAAGGGUGGACAACCCUUUAUGAAUCUUAUCACCAUGAUUCCUAUUCAGUGGAAUUCGGAGGACUAUCGAUUCUACGUCGGGUUCCAGGUUGAUCUGGUCGAGAAACCCGACGCUGUCACAAGGAGAAAUCCUGACGGCACGUAUAGCAUAAACUACCAGCGCGACCAGUUACCACAGUAUGUGGUGCCGCCGCCAGAUGUGUACAGAUUACGGCCCGACCUGGUCACUCGGUUUGGCCACGACGAGGUCACUGCUAUUCUCAAUGCAGCAGGUGUGCCAGGCUCCGGAGUAUCACGACAGUAUCUGGACCGCAUUUUGGUCGAAAACGUCGACGAUGUGAUACAUGUGUUGUCGUUCAACGGUGAAUUCUUAUAUUUGUCGCCAUCUUGCCGGAAGAUCUUGGAAUAUGACCCGAUCGAGCUAGUUGGCAAGACUUUGUCCACUAUCUGCCAUCCGAGUGACAUCGGACCCGUGAUCCGGGACAUGCGGGCCAGCACGACCCCAGCACCCCUGAGCGUUGUGUAUCGUAUCCGUCAAAAGUACAAGGGAUACAUGUGGUUUGAGAGUCACGGUGCAUGGCACAUCGACCCCCAACAGGGCCGCCGUUAUCUUGUUAUGACUGGCCGCCCGCGCCCAGUCUACUCACUGGACCAAAUUGCUCGUGUUGGAUCUUCUGCUGCUCUGGCUGAAAACGAUAUUUGGGCCAAGAUCUCCUUGUCUGGCGUGAUUCUCUUUGUGACUUCCAAGUCGAAGCCAGUCCUGGGACGUGCACCUGACGAUUUGAUUGGCAAGGGUAUCCAAGAGCUCAUGGAGCCGGAAGAUGAUCCUAACGCCAUUACUGAUGCCCUGGAGGCAGCCGCCAAUGAACAAGCCAUGGAUGAUAAGCCUGCCGAUCCUCCAUCAUUCCGACACCAGAUGCGUCAUAAGAAGGGUCACGCAUUGUCUGCGCACACCACUUUGUACGCUGGAGAUGGGGUCAACGGGAGCAGAUCUUCGUUCCUCGUCGCCCAAAUCCGGUUUGCACGAACGUUCCCUCCCGGCUCUGCUGCCGUAUCUGCUGCCGAGGACGAGGAAAUGGCCCAUGUCCCCGGUACAGCGAAGAGGACCACUCUUACAACCUCUGACCCCAACCCGCCUCGUCAAUAUGGUGCCAUCGGGCAAAAAGCAUCUCGUCUCUCAACCCUCGUUGGUCUGAACGGAUUACCCGCCGGGAAUCGCAGUAUCUCGCCUUCAGAUGUACCGGCUACAUUCUUUACCGAGCUGAAUCCCACGCGCGGAUCUAACUGGCAGAUUGAAUUACGCGAGCUAGAAAAGCAAAACCGAACUCUAGCCGACGAAUUACAGCGGCUUCUGAGUCGACGCAAGAAGCGCAAGCGCAAGCAGAGCGCCAUCUCCGUGGAGAAGGCCUGUGCCAUGUGUGGGACCAAGAAUACUCCCGAGUGGCGGCGAGGACCAAGUGGCAAUCGCGAUCUCUGCAACAGCUGCGGCCUGCGAUGGGCAAAACAAAAUCGCGGUCAGACUCGGUCUGCUGCACCGGCGACUGCACAAGUGAUUGCGCGGUGA